AUGGAGUUAUCGGAUCUUUACUAUGCAAAGGAUUCCUAUAUUGAGACUGCUAGUGGCAAUAAAGUCAAUCGGCACUCAGUGCUGUGUGGGAGUCAUAAUAUUGUUCUGAAUGGCAAAACCAUAAUAAUGUCGAAUUGCAUCAUUCGAGGUGAUUUGGCCAAUGUUCGCAUUGGACGGCACUGUGUUAUCAGUCACCGAGCUGUCAUCAGGCCUCCCUUUAAAAAAUUCAGCAAAGGCGUGGCGUUUUUCCCGCAGCAUAUUGGUGAUCACGUAUUCAUUGAAUCUGACUCUGUUGUAAAUGCUGCACAGGCUAAUCCUCAAGAAAACCUGACAGCAUUUUGUAUUUACUCAUUGUUCCAUCAUUUUAUACAGGUUGGUUCCUAUGUUCAUAUCGGACGCAAUUGCGUUAUUGGCCGAAGGUGCGUUUUGAAAGAUGCUUGUGCCAUUCUGGACGAUACAGUGCUACCUCCAGAGACUGUGGUUCCUCCUUUCACCAUUUUUGGUGGGUCUCCAGGCCGUUUUGUUUCUGAGCUUCCGGAAUGCACCCCUGAUUUAAUGGCAAAUUUCACCAAACAGUUCUAUAUCCAUUUUAAGUCGACCAUAUCUUCCGAUGCUAAUGUUGGCGGUUCGCCGAUCUCUAUGUCCAAACGAGGCUUUGCUCAAAGACCAAGCAUAGUAAAUAUAUAUGCUCGUGGACACAACCGACUCUACGAUUUGGUGUAG